AUGGCUUUUGCAACUGUGUAUUUGGAACCCGCUCGACUCAUUGACAACGAUUCGCUCCGUGAACGCUUCCAGAACGCAGGUUAUUUUUUAAUUCAAUGUGCCUCUGAGAAAGACCGGAAUAAAGUUUUCAAGCUCAUUGGAAAACACAUUCGGCGGGACGCGAAUGGUGUCAAGCAGGAACUGAAUUGGGGUAACGCUCUCGCCUGGCAUUUUCUGCAGAUGGCGUAUAUUGGGGUAACGAGUACAAUCGACCCAAGGGUAGAAUCUCCUGAGGAAAUUGCUCAAAUGUUGGUUGCCGCGACCAAGUAUAUUCCUGCUGAUCAACUUGGUGCCACAGAUGACUGUGGGUUCUCGCCUUUUUGCGAUGACAAGAAGCCGAAACAUGGUGGGUCGCCUGACUAUGCUCGGGAUAUUGCCUUCCAAAAGAUAGCAGCGCGGGUUAAAGGAGCCCGAAUUGCCAGUGAACGACUGGGAAUAUAA